ACUUCUUCCCCAGCACCCACCGCUACAUACCGCCUUCUUACUUGCUUGCUUACUUGCUUACCGACCUAUUCACACACAUAAACUCCACGACUGGUCGCUGGAUAUCCAUUCUUGUCCAUCGUGCUUCCACCUCUUCGUUCGUUUGAUUCACUCUCACUCACUCACCUGUCACAAAACUUCAUGUCGCCGUCCUCCGCGAUGAUGCGCAGAAGCCUCUUCAAGCUUUGCCUGAUACUAGCUAUCCCCGUCAUAUACCUCCUCCACCGAAACGAGGAGCUGCGGUUUCCAACAUUCCAUUCGGCGAACGGCGGGGGGAAGAGCGGUUCGGGACUAUUCCUAUCAGAUGUCCGGGCUCCGCCUAUAGAUGGUAAUCUGGUCGCCCAGAAUGAGGGUAUCAGCAAAGGUCCAUGGAUCAUCGAUCCGCCUUUACCGAACCGUAUCCCCACGGGGCCGUUCACAAUCCGAUUCAAGUGUCUAUGGCACGUCGCCGACCUCUGUCCGAAGCGCUACAUUGUUAUCCUCCGCGGCCCGACGAUCUACGCGCCCUCGAUCGAAACGUCGAAACUAGAUCCAAACGACGGGUCGGUGGUCACGGUCGAGAUCAAUGUGCCCGAGUCAGGGCAGUAUGAGCUCUAUGCGUGGCCAGACUUUGAAACCUGUCCGAAGCAAUGGAGAGAACACAUGACGUAUCCCAUCAACCGGGGGCAAGUGAUUGGAACUCCGGCGCAUGUGCAGAUCAGCGGCAGGCCGUUGGUCAUCGAUGGGUUCGAGCCUUGUGUUCUCGGUGGUCCGGAGACCGUAGGACGUUCGCAGGGAAGGUGGAUCGCCAGGUCUGCGUUGCAGAGCCAGUACCGACAGUCGGAUUGGGCCCGGAGCUUCCCCGAGAAUCAGGAGUACAUUUUCCAGCCGUACAGCUGCAAGCGGCCUCACCGCACCGCGGCGGAUAUCGAUCGCAGUUCAAACAUCACGAACAUCCUCUUUCUCGGCGAUUCCGUGUUGAGGGGUGCUUUCUGCUCCCAGGUAUGGCCGCAGCUAUCCAAGUCGGGCAAGGCGGACGGGAACUGCCAGUUCAUCAACGACGCUAUGCUCUAUCACGUCGCGCCAAAGGACAUGGUUCAUGAAACGCCGAAAGGACAGAAGAUCGGGCUGUCCUUCAGGUUUAUGGACGACCACCCCAACGAGCGCGUUGCACAGCUCGCAAAUAACGUGCCGAAGCCGUCCCACAUCGUCACGAACCUCGGACUGUGGCUGGCUCCGUUCACGACUGAGCAGUACACCGCCAUUGUCGAACAAUUCCUGCAGCAACUGUACGACAUGUUCCCGCAGGCCACGGUGGUCUGGCGGACGACCACCGACGUUGCGCCGAUGAUCCAGUGUUUCUCGGACAAGGGCAUGACCCGCCGAGUGAUCAGCGAGCAGCGCGAGGCAUCGCUCAAGCUUGUCGAGCAGAUGAGGGCCAAGGGCAUGCGGAUCUACGUGGUGGACGGGUACGCGAUGACACAAUCGCGACCGGACUCGGGCAACGAUGGCCGCCACUGGGUGGUUGAGAGCCCCGAGGAGAACGGAUGGCUGCCUCACUCGAGGCCCUCGAUCAAUGAGGCCGAGAGGGCGGUGCUGGACGGCGUCUGGGAUAUCAUCAUGCAGGACGAGGGAUCAAAAUCGAAGGUUGAGACUGCUGUGCCGCAAUGGUGGUAAUGGGUUCAAGAUAUUUCAGCACUUACUGACACUCGGAAACGAACUUUUUUUUAUUAGUCCUGGGGAACCUUCUUCUAGAAGUAGGCUACGAACACAUAUACAUUGUACAUAUUGGAAGAACGGAGGAGGGGGGGGUUCUUCCUGCACAGCAUAGAAAGCGGCACAUUUUCAGAUUUCUCUUUUUUCUUUCUUCUUGGGUUUUGGGCAGGUCUUUCUGGAGUUUCCUUUUUUUUUGUAUCUUUUCUUCUUCUCCUUUCUCCCCUCUGGCAUGUAUGUACCUAGAGUAGAGUACCUAGAGUAAAGUAGCUAUGGAUUUGCAGCGGUCAUUUGAGAGUUCUACUGAUCAUCUCCAUGUGC